AAAUGGUUGCCUGGAUGGCUUCGGCCAGACCUCCGCUACUAGUUCGAACCCAAAGAGAAGCAUUGAACGAACUUCAUUUCUGCCGAGGUACCAGCGCAACGACUUUGAGAGCGCGAUUCAUUCCGGGACGGAUGCGCGAUGUAUUUGCUUCCGAUGUUUGAACAGCACCGUCGUUCGAAACCAUUCUCACUGUUAUGGGAUGCGUAUUUUUUAGCGUAAUUUAAGGACGAUUUUGAAAAGAUUGACCCACGUACAUUGAUUGGAAAGCAGCCAUCGAGUCGGAGACGCGACAACAGGGUGUCAUUUGGAAACCUUCGUGACGAUCUCGCCAGGUCCCACUAUUCAAGCAGCAGACGAGGAUCCUCUCGCAUCUUCAAAGCGGAAAUCUGCAGAGAUGGCGACUCCGGCGAAGACCAAGGCGCUGAGCAAUCCCUCGGACAACAAGGUCAUCCCGAUCAUGCGUGGACAAUUCUUACGCGUAGCAGCCACAGCCGUGGUGAACCUGCCUUUUGUUGCACAGUACUUCUACAAGCAAGCCGGCUUCACGAACGUGCAUCGCAUCGGCUCAACACUGGAGCAUUACGAAGCGCGUUACAAUCCUGCCGUCAUCCCGGACCGCAAGCUCGCUGGUACCGAGGAAAGCGAGGCCGAUUUCAUUCAACGGUGGUCAUCGAAAGAAGGCCCGGUCGGCGAUGCUGCGCGAUAUGUCACGGUCAAGGACUACCACGAUGCCUACAUCAGCGGCACAACAACACCGACAGAUGUAGCCCAGGCUCUCAUCGCAUUGAUCAGCACAACCGACGUGAAGAAGUCGGGCCAUGCAGUCGCAUUCACUCAGGUGAAUAAGGAUCACGUCUUGGCUGCGGCAGAGGCUUCAACGCUACGAUAUAAAAGCGGAAAAGCGUUCGGCCCGCUCGACGGCGUCCCUAUCGCCAUCAAAGAUCAAGUUGAAGUCCAGGGCUACAAGAUGACCGUCGGCACCAAGAAGAACUGGAUCGCCAACGACGGCACCGCCGGGGCGACGGCUUGGUGUGUCCAACAGUGCAUCGAUGCCGGCGCCGUGAUCAUCGGUCUCACCAACAUGCAUGAACUCGGCAUGGACACGACCAACAACAACCCCAACCACGGUACACCGCUCAACCCCCACAACUCCAAGUACUACACCGGCGGCUCUUCGGGCGGGUCGGGCUAUGCCGUGAGCAGCGGUCUCGUGCCCUUCGCGCUGGGUGCCGACGGCGGUGGCAGUAUUCGCCUGCCCAGCAGCUUCUGUGGCAUCUACGGCCUCAAGCCCAGCCAUGACCGGAUAUCCGGCCUGCCGACACGCAACAUCUGCGCCAGCACCGGCGUCUACGGCCCCAUGGCCUCGAAUGUUUCCGACUUGCACCUGGCCUAUCGUAUCCUCGGCCGCCCGGACCCCAAGGACGGCAACUCAUCCCUCUUCCCACCGUUUGCGACUCCGACCUCCGCGGCGUCGCCCAAGACCAUCGGCAUCUACAGAGCGUGGUUCGAACGUGCCGACGAGGACGUCAAGAAAGCCUGCCAGGCCGCAAUCGACCAUCUGGUGGGAGAGCACGGCUACACCGUCAAGGAGAUCGAAAUCCCCCAUCUCGCCGAGGGGCAAUCCUGCCACGCCCUCACCAUCCUCUCCGAAGCCGCGACCGCCGUCCUCGACAUCAAAGACCUGACCGCGCCCAACCAGAUCCUCCUCUCGAUCUGCAGGCAAGGGAGUUCCCUCGACCUGAUGCUCGGCCAGAAGCUCCGCACCCUGCUCAUGGAGCACCUCAGCCACCUCUGGGCGGAGAACCCGGGCAUGCUCAUCGCGACGCCCACCUGCCCCACCGCGGGCUGGCCGAUCAAGGACCCGGGCGACCUGGUCAGCGGCUGCAGCGACCCGACCAUGUCGCUGCGGUCCAUGGAGUAUGUGUGGUUGGCGAACUUCACGGGCGUCCCGGCGCUCAGCUCGCCGGUGGGAUAUGCCCCGCCUCUGCAGGGAGAGGGUCACGUCCCGAUCGGAUUGCUCCUCCACGGCGCGUGGGGUGCGGAGGAGAGUCUGAUCGAGUCGGCCUACCUGCUGGAGAAAUACCUCGAUUCCACCACGCGGAAAUUGCCGGGCGUGUUCGUGGACCCGUUGAAGGCGGCGGUGGCGGGUACCGCCAAGGCUUGAUGGGCCGUCCAACAGACUUGUUACUAUGCCAUCGAGGUUUUGUGAAUUGUGAACGGUCCGGAUGGUGAAAGGUGCGAGGUGUGUACAAGACACGAUGCAGUAAUGAUAAAAAACACAAGCGUAAUGAAAGUCAUUUAACUUCCUCUCCCCCCC